ACACUUCAGUGUAACAGGCAAUGCGCGGUCACGAGCGGCUGCCAGCCACCUUCAUGGGUAGCGCGACACACCGCGUCCGUCCAUCCGGGCUCGGGGCCCGCUCCACAUUUGGUUGCGGACCUCCCCGCGGUGCUCCAUUCCGACGUCGUAUUUGAAACAGCUCCAGUCAUGGAGGACUAGUCCCAUCCGGAUCUACCGACACGGGAGAGACGCGUCGUCUCGCCCUACACCGACGGACGGAACACACCCUUUGUUGGACUGGGUGUUCAUGACAAGGUCGGGGCUCGGGCUGCGGUGGCCCCCUCUGAAGUCAUGAGUACGCCGCGGGGGUGGCGCGUCACCCCGUCGGAGCUGAUGAUGGUGAAGGCAUGCAGCCGGCCGGCGCUCCAUCGUCUCAAUUCCCGGCCUCUCAUCUGAUCGGCCUGCCAUCAUCCAUUUCCUGGGCUCUUCAUUCUUCUUUUUUUUUUGCUCAUCAUGACAACCACCCUGGAACCGCUGCAGGUUCUCCCCGAUUUGGAGCUGAGCGCCCGGCUGCUCAACGGGUGCGAAGACUCGGCCGGCCGCUACAAGGUGGUUCCCUCCGUCGUCUGCUCCAUGUGCUGCCUCUUUGGUGUCAUUUACUGCUUCUUUGGCUACCGCUGCUUCAAGGCGGUGAUGUUCCUGACAGGCCUGAUGUUCGGCUCCGUGGUCAUCUUCAUGCUCUGCUACAAGGAGCGCGUGCUGGACACCCAGCUGAGCGUGGAGGCCUCGGUAGGCAUCGGCCUGGGCAUCGGCACGCUUUGCGGCCUGGUCACCAUGCUGGUUCGUAGCGUGGGCCUCUUCAUGGUGGGUCUGCUGCUCGGCCUGCUGGUGGCCGUCGCCACCUUGGUGGGAAUGGAGGAGCUUUCCCUCAGCCCGCCACGCUCGGUCUGGGUGCCUCUGGGCGUGCUGCUUGGCUUGGGCAUGCUCUUUGCCGUGCUCACCCUCCAGUGGCAGCGCAUCUUCACCACGCUGUCCACCGCCGUUUUCGGCGCCGCCGUCAUCACCGUCGCCCUGGACUACUUCGUGGAGCUCUUUGCGCUCGUUCUCUACAUGUACGAGCGGAUGAAAGCCGUCCCCGGGAAGCCCGUUUGCUGGCUUACGUGGGUGGUGCUGGGGGUGUGGCCUGCGCUCACCCUGUUGGGGGUGGUGGUCCAGUGGAAGGUGACCGCCGAGGGCUACUCGCAUACUAAGGUCAUCAUCAGCCGUCAGCAGAGGAGGAUGCAGGUGAUGCGUAUCCGCCAGCGGGACGACCGCUACCGCCACAAAAAGAAGAAGAAGAAGCAUCUGGGCUCCUCCUCCAGCCAAAACCAAGCCAAGCAAUUCCACCAGGAUCCCGUCUAUCGCCGCAAGCCCAAUCCAAUCCGUCGCUAUGACACCGAUGUUCUCUCACCUAGCUACAUCCAGAAUUUCCGUGACCGGCAGGUGCAGGCCCAGCCUUUCCCAGGACAGUUGUUUGGCGGGCCGCACAUCGCAGUGGACCUGGGUUACGACCCCGGCUCGACGGCGCCCUUCGCCGGAGCUACCGGACCUCCGCUACGAGCCUAAUCACCUUGACUCAGUCGAGACACACACUUGUGCACACCGGUGCGAGUUGUAUCCACGCAUCACUGCACGAUUUCACUCUCUCGCACACACACACACACACACACACACACAAACACACACACACAGCAGCCACCGUGUGAUGGGUCCACAUCUGUUUCAGCGCCUCACAUCAGAUCAGGGAUCAGAACGCAGACCCACCUCAGGCACAAGCAUCUUCACAAGAGAUGAUCCUCAGUCUGCAGGCCCCUUGUGCCAUCUGGAUUCCAUCUGUCACCUUUCAAAGUGGUGCUGGACCAUUUUGUCUUCAAGUGGAUUUUGCUGUAAUGGGUGCCUUGCUCCUCUUGGGCUGUUUUGCCACUUUUGGGGUGCUCACACAGGGUCGCAUUUGAUUCAGGGCUCGGCUUGUCGUCCUCACCACGCCUGGACGGACCUGUGACGAGCGUGCACGUAUUCGAAAGCCAUACGGAUGGAAGUGUCGUUGCAGCUUGCAUUUGUCACAAAUCCCCAAAGAUCAUUUCAAGCUCAAACUCAGAGUUUCUCAACCUCUCUUGAGCCGAGUUAUUUCUUUUCCAUUCGCAAAAUGUCGCAACACACUACCGAACAGAAAUGACACUCAAAGUCCUGUACGGUAUAGUAAGACGCCCUCCAUCGCUGGUUCCGAGUCCGAGCUCAGCAAAUUUCAUUGAUGUUUUUGUUUGAGUGGAAAUGAACUUUUACACAUUUUUUUAAUCAGAGAUACAAGUAAAGAUUUUAGAUUUUUUUUUUUUUUGCGCUGAUUUGGAAUCAGCCCUUGUUUUUUUUCUGACACAUCAGGUUUUCAUAAUGUUAUGAUAUUAAUAAUUUUAUGUAAUAUAGUAAUAUUAGUAUAUGAUAAUGUAUAGUUAGUCGGUAAGCUUUAUGAAUUAAGAUUUUUUUUUUCCUGAAGCACCAUUGCUAUAAAUACAAUACAUGGCAAAGUUUUUACGGGUCAAACUUGGACAAAAAGGGAAAAUAUCUCAAAAGCCUGAUGUGGCAGGGAUAAAAAGUUAAGACAUUUUUGAAAAUUAAGGGACGAAUGAAGUCAUCUGUGCUUCAAUUUGUUGUUGAGCAGUGUCAUUGAAUGUCAUCUGUAAUCUUGCAUUUUAUGCCUUCAAAAGCCACGGCUGGAGGUUUUUAACAUACAUCUUUAGGCAUGAUUAUCAAUCUGUAUUUCAAGAGUAUACGUUGGUUAAUUUGCAAAAAAAAGUAUUUGUUCACUAUAAACACAUCGAGGUAUCGCUACACUGAUAUACAAUAUUUUUGUGUUAUCAAUUGCUCUUGCUUUCUCUCUUAUGUGUUUUAAAUGCAUUUAUAUUAUUUGAAAUAUGUUUAAAGAACUUUAAGUGCCAUAAAUGCUAUAAAAGUAUGUCUAGAGAGUAUUUCAAUAAGAUUUUUCUAGAGCGCGUAUUUCACUUCUUGUCCGGAACAUAACCCCGCGAUGGAGUGGCGAUUUCUGUAUAUAUAUAUUUUUUCAAAUGCGGCCCUGUUUUGUUCAUUAUUAUUUUGUUUUGUGAAUAGCAGCAGGUUAAAUUGACCGACCAUCGAGGGAACGGACAUUUAAUUAUUCUGCUAUUUGUCACUGGCAAAGAUGGAUGAACAAAACUGAAUUAUUCACCAAAAAAAUGAAUCAUAAUUUUUGGACCACUUUUGUGGAAUUGGAUCAUUUCCCUGCAUACUGCAAACUUGAUGAUCUUUGACAUGCACUUGGAAUUGAGUGCUCUCGCUGCAAGGCACGUUGUGUUUAUUCCAUUACAUUCCACCGUCUGUUGGAUAGCAGCUUGCUAACAACAGUGACAGAGAGGCAGACAAGGCUGUGAACAUCCCCUUAAUGGCAUCAUUUCUGUAAAAAAAAAAAUAAAAUACUAUAUAUAUAUACGAGGCUUUGUAAAAGCAAAGAGUGAAUGUAUGAGAUGAUUGCAUGAGCCCCUCCCUUUUUGACACACACCCUUAAUCGUGAUUCCAAAACCCCUCAACGUCUUCUAUAUGCACCCAAGUCCGAUAUUUCCAAUCUUUUUCCUCUGUUUUAUUUAAUUCCAUCCUUUGGUUGGAAUCUAUUGGGAUGUAGUCACAGUCAAUUCUAACAUUAAAGCAUGCCUUCCCGUGGGCCAAUGUGCUGUCAUGGUGACACAUGAUGUCAUUCUUUUUUAUUAUAUGUAUCCACAUUGCUGCACACAUACACACACACGGACACACGUACGUGUUGAUCACACUGCCCUUCCCACACACAAAGCCAUUUAUCUCCUCCAUCUGUCUACUCUUGAUAACAUGUUCUCAAACGUGUCUGUAUAUGUAGAAAUAUGUAGAUAAAAUCAUUGCAACAUGCACAAACACAUUGAUAAUAAAUUCUGGUGAUGUGGAUCACCUCUCCUGAUUGACUGUUAA